GUCCCUCCCAGGCGGGAGCAGAACAGGCGGUGCCCGGGCGGCCGCGGAGCUAUGGACGGCAGCGGGCCCUUCAGCUGCCCCAUCUGCCUGGAGCCGCUCCGGGAGCCGGUGACGCUGCCCUGCGGCCACAACUUCUGCCUCGCCUGCCUGGGCGCGCUCUGGCCGCACCGCGGCGCGGGUGGCGCCGGCGGGCCCGGAGGCGCGGCCCGCUGCCCGCUGUGCCAGGAGCCCUUCCCCGACGGCCUGCAGCUCCGCAAGAACCACACGCUGUCCGAGCUGCUGCAGCUCCGCCAGGGCUCGGGCUCCGCGCCCGGGCCCGCUCCCUGCGCGCCCGAGCCCUGGCCCGGUGGCGAAGAGCCGGUGCGCUGCGACGCGUGCCCUGAGGGCGCCGCCCUGCCUGCCGCGCUCUCCUGCCUCUCCUGCCUCGCCUCCUUCUGCCCGGCGCACUUGGGCCCGCACGAGCGCAGCCCCGCGCUGCGCGGACACCGCCUAGUGCCGCCGCUGCGCCGGCUGGAGGAGAGCCUGUGUCCGCGCCACCUGCGGCCGCUCGAGCGCUACUGCCGUGCGGAGCGCAUGUGCCUGUGCGAGGCCUGCGCCGCCCAGGAGCACCAGGGCCACGAGCUCGUGCCGCUGGAGCAGGAGCGCGCGCUCCAGGAGGCCGAGCAGUCCAAAGUCCUGAGUGCUGUGGAGGACCGCAUGGAUGAGCUGGGCGCCUGCAUUGCACAGUCCCGGCGCACGGUGGCCCUCAUCAAGAGCGCCGCCGCAGCAGAGCGGGAGAGGGUGAGCCGGCUGUUCGCCGAGGCUGCAGCCAUCCUGCAGGGGUUCCAGACGGAGGUGCUGGGCUUCAUCGAGGAGGGCGAGGCCACCAUGCUGGGCCGCUCCCAGGGGGACCUGCGGCGGCAGGAGGAACAGCGCAGCAGGCUCAGCCGGGCCCGCCACAACCUCAGUCAGGUCCCUGAAGCCGACUCAGUCAGCUUCCUGCAGGAGCUUCUGGCACUCAGGCUGGCCCUGGAGGAGGGGUGCGGCCCUGGGCCCGGCCCCCCGAGGGAGCUCAGCUUCACCAGAUCAUCCCAAGCCGUGCGGGCGGUGAGAGAGCUGCUAACGGCCACCUGUGCCAGCCAGUGGGAGCAGCUGCGGGGGCUGGGCACAGAAGCCGAUGCUGAGUCCCAAGACCCCGAUAGCACCAACCACUUGGAGAGUGAGGCUCCCAGGGACUACUUCCUCAAGUUUGCCUACAUCGUGGACCUGGACAGCGACACGGCAGACAAGUACCUGCAGCUGUUUGGAACCAAAGGUGUAAAGAGGGUGCUGUGUCCCAUCAACUACCCCGAGUCACCCACUCGCUUCACCCACUGCGAGCAGGUGCUGGGUGAGGGUGCCCUGGACCGGGGCACCUACUAUUGGGAGGUAGAGAUCAUCGAAGGCUGGGUCAGCGUGGGGGUCAUGGCCGAAGACUUCUCCCCACAAGAGCCCUAUGACCGGGGCCGGCUCGGCCGCAAUGCCCACUCCUGCUGCCUGCAGUGGAACGGACGCAGCUUCUCCGUCUGGUUCCACGGGCUGGAGGCGCCCCUGCCCCACCCAUUCUCGCCCACCGUCGGGAUCUGCCUAGAAUAUGCCGACCGAGCCCUGGCCUUCUAUGCUGUGCGGGAUGGCAAGAUGAACCUUCUUCGGAGGUUGAAGGCCUCCCGGGCCCGCCGGAGCAGCUCCCUGUCCUCCUCCAUUGACCCCUUCCAAAGCCGCCUGGACAGCCAUUUUGCAGGGCUCUUCACUCGCAGGCUAAAGCCUGCCUUCUUCCUGGAGAGUGUGGACGCCCAUCUGCAGAUGGGGCCCUUGAAGAAAUCCUGCAUAUCUGUGCUGAAGAGGAGGUGAUGCAGGGGGGCAUGGGGCUCCUGCCGUGUCCCAGCUCCUGGGAAGCUUGCUUCUCUGCACCCCCAUCUUGCCCCAGUGAACGCACCUUGGGGUCCCCCACAUCCCCAGACUUCUCCUCCCUGGAGGCCUCACCUUCCGUAUACUUGGCCUUCCCCCCAGGCCCCUGGAAGUGUCCUCAGACCCUGUCUCCCUAUGGGCCUUGUUUCUGGGACAGAAAGCCAGAGCUGGGACAGAUCCAGGGGCUACCCCAACCCUUCUUUUUCCACGUUCCUAGGACAGUGCCUGGCACAUAAUAGGUGCUGAAUAAACAUGUGUUGAAUGAAUGA